AGAAGAGCCAGGAAUCUUCCCAUCUAUUGUCUCGCGUCUGUCACAAAGUGGCCGUGGUGGGCGACACCGGAAGUGGGAAGACUAGCCUCAUCUUCCGGUUCAGCAGAGGUCGCAUGCCGACCUUGGACGAGAGGUCACUGACCGUUAUUGAAGUUGACGUGAUGGACAUAACCAGAAACGGCAAACAGUUCCAGCUGUCCAUCUACGACACCUCCGGCCGGGAGGAAUACGCACGUCUCCGAGGACUGACCUACAACCACUGUGACGUAGUGCUCAUCUGCCUCGCUCUCGACUCCCCCCAAUCUGUGCACAACGUCAUCAACGAGUGGGUACCCGAAGUCCGCCAUCUUGCCCACAACAUGCCCUUCAUUCUCGUGGGGACAAAAUCUGACCUCCGGGUCAAAGGUGAAGGAAGGGCGGGAGAUUAUAUCACACAGAAACAAGGGCGGUCACUUGCCAAGCGUGUAGGAGCUGCGAAAUAUAUGGAGUGCUCGGCCUUGUCGGAGGCGAAUAGUGAUCAAAAGGAGGUGAAACGAGUGUUUGGGAGGGCGUUGAGGGAGGCGACGGGGGACACCAGUUGUUGUUAUUGUUGUUGUUGUUGAGGCUAGUGGGGGAGGGAGAGAGAGUUUUUGUGUUAGAUUUUCAAAACACAUUCCAACCUAUCCAGGACGACCACCCGUGUUGUUCAGAAAUGAAAUGGUUGUCUUUGACUGCUGGAUAUCGUUAAGAGUGUAAUUAUUAUGAUGAAAAAUGCAAGGGGUAGUAUAAGUGGUCAUUUGUACAGGUGAUUGUCUUAGACCGGUGGGCGUUGUCCGCUAGCUGUGCAACUGUUCUAAGCCCAGAGUCGACGGAAACAACCAAGAACGCAACAGUUUUCAGGAGAGGGAAAAAAAACGUUCAUUCUUUCAAACACUGUCUAUACACCUACAUCAUGCAUCUUAUCCUGCUUUUCUGACAUAGAGAGAAUGUGAAUUGAAAAACUAACAAACAAAUAGUUCACGAGCAUAUGCAGCCGAUACCUCAGAUUAAGAUACUACAACC